AUGUCCCAAAUUUCUUUCGAUCAAUUCAAAACCGCCCUCGAAGCCGCGGUACAGCAGAAAAGCAGUAGCUAUAAAAAUGUCUACUCGCUCACUAUGAGGUGGGAAAAGGACGACACAAAUGCUGCCAGAGAUACUGAGCAUUUUCAAAGACUGCUAAAGGCUCUCGACGUUGCACCGGCUGAAGAGCUUGUAAUUCAGUCUGGUGACCCUGUUUAUAGCAUUACCUUCAGCACGGCCUGGCUCAACCUUGUCGGGAAGGCUGCAGCUAAGCCAGAGCGCAAUCUAGUCAUAUUUCAUUAUGCCGGUCACGGAACAACAAGAGCGGGAAGCUUUGUGUUCGCAGAGACAAGUGCCGGCACUAGAGUUAUUAAUGCGGACCGCUCGCUCAUUCAGCCUGUUACAGGAUCUGAUUAUCUCUCGGAUUCAAACAAUACUGACGUGUUAAUUAUUCUCGAUUGUUGUUGCGCCCAUAUUGCUACUCGCGCGCCAGCUAUUCAACGCAGGACUGUUGAGAUCCUUGCCGCCACUAGUUGCGAUACACCCAAUGCGAGGUGCGGGCCAGAGAAUACAUUUAGUGCUAAGCUUGCCAAUGAGAUUGCUACAAGAAGAAGGCAAGGCCACAAGCGAGUAGACUUUGCAGAUGUAUUCCAGAGCCUUAAAGGCCAACGUGUGAAUAAAGUCUGGCCUACUUAUGCAAUGAUGGUUGGCAUGUUUUCGGUGGGUCUUGCACUUAACGGGAAUCUUACCGUUGAUAUAGCUUCUAUGCCAGCAGACUACCGAGCUAUACUGAGUGUGAAUAUCUCCAAAGACAUCACACCUGACGAGCUGGUGGACCUUAGCAGAUGGAUCCGCCAGCUGCCACCGUUUGCGAGCGUCUUCAUUGAGACUCUUUUAAUUCAACCAACAUAUCACUCUCAUUAUGCUGGCAGUAAUCCUGAAUAUUGUAUGUUGGCGAAUGCCUAUCACUGGCGGCUCGGGUAUUUAGAAUUGAAAACUCUGGAAAAGUGCACUAGCACUGGUCAUUUCGUUAUUCUUCGUUUACUGGAGUCUAAUUACAGAUGGGUCUGCACUGUCUUUAUUGUCAAGCAAAUGCUAACUGAUAACAACCUUAACAAUAGCAUGACUGACAUAGUAUCCCAACCACAAAUCAUCGCACGCGGUAUCAAGCUCCGUAUUUCACUCGCGCAGCUGCGCAAGCGUAAAACCCCUCCUCACUGGAAAUGGACUAACAUUUGUCUCUAUCCUUGUAGGCGACUAGAUACUUUACUAGAGCACGUUAUUGGUAACGACACAGUCAACAGUCAAGAGCAGAGUUCACAUGACCAAAAUAUACAAUCAAAACCUUCUAACGUAGCUAGACCCGCGCAAGAGAGCAGUCAGGGACCAUUUGGCGCCAUUUUAGGAAGUGAAUGUAACGUUGCCCGCCGCGCCAAGCCUUGGCCGAUGAAGGAGAGGCUUGGACGGUUCCUCGCUCCGCUCCGGUCUUGGUCUCGGCGGCAGGGGUCGGGAGAUUACCUGCCUCGGACCCCUAUUCCACUCCCUCGGCCCCCACACGUUUCUUACAAAUAUUCUCUCUUUGCCUGUCUGACUGCCACUAAUAAGGAGAACUUCCCAGCAUCUGGAAGGUCUGACUGCGCAAGGGAAAGCACAACACCCCUCUUUUUGGCUGCUCUAUUCCAGUCCUUCAACUUCCGCUUUUGGCUUGGCUCGUCAGACCCUUCAGUCAUGCAUUUCCUCCGACCCAAAUGGUUCAUCGUACUCGGGUUCUUUGUCACUACCUCGCCUGCGGUUGAGGUUGACUUGGUCUUCCCUCGCAGCGACGCAUCAUACUCACCCGCCGAGUGGUUCCCAUUCGUCUUUGCUGUGCAGAACACAGAAAAGGCAGAGCUUCUCAAUCUCCAGGUGACCUGCAACAUCCGCAAACGCAAUGCCACCCUAAAAGAUAUUGAUAACCAAUUAUACCUCAAUCAUGACUUCAGUUGGACGAACUGGUCGGGCAGCGCAGACCCUUACCUCGCCUACAACUACAUCCACAACGACUUUAACACAUCCAAUCAUUGGGUGCUUCUGUGCGUGCUUAGCUGGCAAAGCUGCGAUGUGGAGGCGCUGACCCACGGUCCUUAUGCAAAUGGUGGAGUCUCCGACCACGAGUAUCGGUGGACGAUGGGCUUCCAUAUCGACAAUUCCAGCCUCAAAGAAGUGGAUCUUGUAGCAGCAACCGCCAAUGACACCUGCCCUGGGAGCCAAAAUGCCAUCUCCAUCAAUGUGACAGACAGAGUAAUGAACUCACCCCGGUAUGGCAACACCGCACGCCGCGAAACGUGUGUUGUUACAACAAAUACAACUGCCAGUCCUACGACAUCUACCCCGGAUCCCUGUCGCGUUGCGAUAGACGAGGAUACUGCUGAAAGCAUGGCAUCCGUUCAGCAGCAGCGCUUCUGCUAUCUUCCGGUUCCUCCUGAUAACUGUCCUACAGAGGAGAAUGGUGCUACGCCAUUGGCUGUACUUGGCGUAACUGGAAUGUUAACGGCAAUUGGAGCUCUGGGCUUUGCCGUCUUGUAG